AGGUCAUCAUGCUGAAUGUGCUCCGUUUUGAUAGAAAUGAAGCAGUUGAGAAUGGUACAAUUGAAAUAUUUUCACUCAUAUUUAAACUAGAGAUAACUGCAAAUUUUAUUGGAAUCUUGUACUACAUGUUAAAUGUGUGUAUUGACUAUCGGACAAGAGGCUCAAUGAAUAAUAUUCGACGAAUUCAUCAGUUUGUCUAUGUCACGUGCCCAAUUAAUCAUAUCGUUUUCAUUGUUGAAAAGAUAUUGAUAAUCUGGGAUUUUAAAGAAGGUUACAACCCAAACACAUACUUAUUUCAAAUUAUCCAGUUUAUUCGACUCAUGACCUCAUCUAUAGGAUUCAUGUGUCUGCCAGCUUAUGCCAUUGAACGUUCACUUGCCACUUAUUUCCUUCAUGAUUAUGAAAAAGAGAAUCGUUCAUAUAUUGGCUAUACCAUGAGUUUUCUCAUUUAUCUCAUCUCAAUUAUAUCCGUUCUUGUCUGCACACAAUUCUCGACAACAUUCUAUCCAUUUCUUGUAUUAUUCAUGAGCAAUAUCAUUAGCUACAUUGUAAAUAUAAUUAACUACAAACUGAAUCGCUACUACUACAAUUGCUCACUUCGAAAAUUACAUACGUAUUCGCUGACGGAACGUUACCAAAUUUCAGAAAACAUUCAAUUUGCCAAAUUCUUCCACAUAUUUGCCUUAACGGUUGCUGUUUUUGCCACAGUUUGCUCACUUCUCCUGAUGCUCACCAGCUUGUCAUUUACUGCCUCGGAAAAGAAUAUUUUUCUACUCUCUUUUGAUACAAUCUACACAAUUUUCAUUCUAGUCUGUCCGUACCUUCAUUAUAAAAAUAAUACCACGUGGCAGCACGAGUUCAAAAAAUGUUUGAAACUGUACACAUCGGAAGUGAAGUGUUCAAGUUUAGCUAUUGGAAAACCGAGUUUACAAUUAAAAACAACAUUUGGCGAACGGAUGAAUGUGGGAAAAAAUGUUCAAACGGAUGUUUAUUUUAGUCAAUUGACAAACUCAUGGAAUACGACAAAACCUAAUAAUAUCCCGACAUAAGAAGAUAAUUUUUAAAAGAUUUAAUUUUUUUUUCUAAUUUGUUAUGAAUAAAUUUUUUUACUGUGUU